AUGUAUGAUAAAAGUCCAGUGGACCGACGGUUCAUGGGCACCGUCUACGCCAACCACAGCAGCAGCAGCAGCAGCAGCAGCAUGAUAAAGUCAUACUGGCACAGCCAACUCCGCGCCUCAGGGACGCCGUUAGAAACAAGGGCAGCCUCACUGUCUAAGGAUAGAGCGACUACUGCGUCCGAUCAAUACACCCCGUCGUCAGGAAGCAGUAGUGGGCUGACAGAGUCUUGUACACACAGCCUCACCGCGGUGACUUCGUCUGGUUCAGCCUCACUCCGUAGUAAAUCUUUGUCUAACUCUCGCCAUCGACGUUUGCGUGCUGCGGCCCUUUCCGCAGAAAGGCAUGGUGCAAGUGAUAUACGUGAACGUUUUGGCGCAUUGGCCAAGCCGUUGUUUCAAAAUUUUUUACUGCCCCAAGUUGAGGCCCAUGAGACGUGUCCGACACUGACGGUUGUCCUCGAUCUUGACGAGACCCUGGUUAGCAACCGCAAUGGGGCUUUUUUGGCUGCCAUUUUGCGCCCGUACUGCUUGCACUUUCUUAAUGCCCUUCAGCACAUGAAGGGGCUGGAGGUUGUCUUGUGGACGGCGUCAACGAAGGAGACGGCGUUGCCGGUGGUGGAGCAGCUGAGCCAAAGCGGACUUGUCUUUGAUGAGGUGAUAUACCGCAACGAUAUGUGGUUCACGGAGCCGCUCCACACAAAGGAUCUACGUCUCUUGGGACGAGACAUGGACCGGCUACUCAUCGUUGACAAUGCGGCGAAUUGCUGCAAGCUGAACCCACGAAACAGCGUUCUCGCGGAUGAUUUUUACGGGUGCCGCAGUGAGGAGGAUGCGACGCUAGUCAACGUCUACUACAUCAUUGAGCGUGUUCUUAGAGGUUGUCAGAACGACGUCCCGGCGAGUGACACUUUAUUGAGGCUUGCGACGGAUGGGCAGUUGUGUAGUCCCUUUGUCUUGACCCUGCCACAUGCAUGGAAAAGCCUGCCGUUGCGCGACAUUGCACCGCUCAAAAUCCCUCCACACGGUCGCUUUAUCCGUGCCCGCCGUGAACCGUUAGGCGAGGCAGUUAUGCACCAUUGGACGAUAUAG